AUGAAAUAGAGUCUAGUGAUAAUUGUCUCCUAUAUUGUAGCAAUGGGGGGAGGCUGAGCUAAUGAAUAAGAGUCUAGCGAGCGAGAUUGGGCAAUUACAAACACGGGAGUUGACUUUGGGGUGGCUGGCAAGAGAUAUUGCUAAACUAAACUAAACUGAUCUGAAGAUGCCGAACGUGGAAAAGAGGAGUUGAAGAACAUGAAAGUGGUCGGUAUUUUGAAUGAUUGAUUGAUUGACUCGUCAUUGAUCAAAAUCACAAGAGAAUGGGUGGGAAUGGGUGUCAGGAAGUGGCGAAUACGAAGCCUGUCUUCUUGGCGAUCUACGCCACUGUUAUCAUUGGUGUAGUCUUCUCGUCUUUCUAUGUCCUCUCCGCUAUGUCCUCCGCCAAGUCUGCAGCUGACUCCAACACCUCCUGGCUCUCCUCUCCUUUCCCUUCUAUUGCCAAGGUAGAUUCUCAUCCAAGAGAGCAAGCACUCAAUUUUUCUCCACCAGCAACUGUGGGUAAAGUUGGUGUGCCUGCACCAGCGCCUCAAAGCGCGUUGAUGCCACCCAUCUGGGAAGUUCCCCCACGAACCCAAAAAAUGCCACCAUUGAAGGCUUUUCAGCUGUCCAAAGAAUUAGUCCAGCAAAGGGUGAAAGAUAAUGUCAUCAUAGUGACCUUUGGUAAUUAUGCAUUCAUGGAUUUUAUCCUGACUUGGGUUAAACACUUGACAGAUUUGGGGCUCUCCAACCUUCUUGUUGGUGCAAUGGAUACCAAAUUGUUGGAGGCUUUGUACUGGAAAGGUGUUCCUGUUUUUGAUAUGGGCAGCCAUAUGAGCACAAUAGAUGUUGGUUGGGGCUCUCCAACAUUUCAUAAGAUGGGGAGAGAAAAAGUAAUUCUGAUAGACUCCGUCCUCCCUUAUGGUUAUGAGCUGUUGAUGUGUGAUACAGACAUGGUUUGGUUGAAGAACCCACUUCCAUACCUUGCUCGUUAUCCUGGAGCAGAUGUCUUAACUUCUAGUGAUCAAGUUAUACCGACAGUUGUUGAUGACAGGCUAGACAUUUGGCAACAAGUUACUGGAGCCUACAAUAUUGGAAUAUUCCACUGGCGGCCAACAGAUUCUGCAAAAAAGUUGGCAAAGGAAUGGAAAGAUAUGCUUUUAGCUGAUGACAAAAUAUGGGAUCAGAAUGGGUUUAACGAUCUUGUACGUAGGCAGUUAGGACCAUCUGUGGAUGAGGACAGUGGACUUGUAUAUGCUUUUGAUGGAAAUCUCAAGCUGGGAAUCUUGCCAGCAAGUAUAUUUUGUAGUGGACAUACUUAUUUUGUCCAGGCCACGUACCAGCAAUUCAGAUUAGAGCCAUAUGCAGUGCAUACCACAUUUCAGUAUGCAGGUACUGAAGGAAAACGCCACCGGCUGCGUGAAGCCAUGGUUUUCUAUGAUCCACCAGAAUACUAUGAUUCCCCAGGAGGUUUCUUAUCGUUUAAGCCAUCUCUUCCAAAGAACUUGUUACUAGAUGGGGAACAUAAUGUUGAAUCACACUUUUCUCUUGUUAAU